AUGCCGCCGAAGCGUAAAGAUAUAAACUUUCUUUUUGAUGACGGAGAAGAUACAGUUGCCAUUAUAGAUGAUGAAGCUAAUGAAGAUCUAAGAUUGAAGAUAUUAGAGAAAGCUUUUUCGAGGCGUAAUGUUGAUAACAAGCUUGAUUCUGAUCUCUCCUUCGAUCCUGGUGUAGUUAGUACUGUGAUGGUUAAUGGAGGAAAGUCGGAGGAAGUUAAAAACUCUAAGAGUAAUAAGAAGAUGAAGAGAAAUAAGCUUGAAGCUGCCAAUGAAAUUGUAACCCAUUGUGUGGAAAGACAAGAUGAGGAUAACAUGGUGGAGGAUGUAGUAAGAGGUGAAGAAGAAGAUGGAGAAACAACUAGCAAUUCGGUUAUGACAAAGCUUCUUCGUGGAGCAAGAUACUUUGACCCUCUUGAUGCUGGUUGGGUAACUUGUUAUAGCUGUGGGGAGAAAGAUCAUAUAACUGUUAGUUGUCCAACUCUUACCAAUUGUAGGAAGUCGUGCUUUAUAUGCGCUAGUUUGGAGCAUGGUGCAAGACAGUGUACAAAGGUAUGGGACAUUGAUGCAAACCUCGGAAUCCACCAAGACAAGACUCAAAGAUUCAAAGGUAAACUAUGCGGAAGUGGUGAUGAUGAUGAAGUAACCGAUUUGAUGUUGAAUCCACAACACCGAGGGCUAGAGAAUAUGAUCCAAGGGCUAUUCCUCGCGAGGAUCAGAGACUACACGAAACCUAAGUGGUUUGAUUCCACAAACUACCUAGAACUCGCAAGAACAAUGAUUUGA